AUUUGCCACGGAACUGCAUCACAUCUUGUGUGGCAUCUAACGAGGCACAAUAUCCAGCAUCGAUAAAAUUCCAGCAGCACAAAAUGGCGAAAACCAAACAAACUCAGCUGCAGCCGAUGUUCUUGCUGCCUUUACUAUUGCUGCUGCUGAUGGGAUUUUGCAGCGCCAAUUCUAUACCCAGCUAUCAGGUGUGUGGCUCAAAACUGACCGAUGCACUUUACAUGGUCUGCAAGGGUAACUUCGGCUCCUUUCAGCACCACAAGCGCGGCUCGUUGGAUCUCUUUGACUAUGUGGAGCAGCAGUACGAGACGAACGAUGUGGAGGACAGGGACACGCUCUGGGGAUUGCCGCCAAGGAAUUCCCUGACGGCCACCAGGCGGCUAAUGCGCGGCGUUGUCGAUGAAUGUUGCCGCAAGCCCUGCACGAGGCAGGAAAUGCUACAGUAUUGCGGAAACUAAACCUGAAUUGCCAAAAGUAACCACUUAUGAUUCCAACUCCAAUUCGUAUUCCCUUAUAUGCACACAUAUAUAUGUACUAUAUGCAUGUAGUCCUAUUAAAGCAAGUGUACAAAAACUGGUUCGCCUAAUAUAAUAUGGAGUAAAUAAAUAACCUUCAAUGAAA